CACUGUUGCUUCUCUCUCUUCUCACUUUGCUGAAGUCUCCGGAGCGCGGAGUCCGGAGCAGGGUGACUGGACAGAGAAGGUGCGAGAGGCAGGUCUCGGAGUCUGCGACGCCGCCGCGGGUGGCCCGGCUCGGCCUGGGGUAGGGACCGCUGUGUCCGGUCCGCGCUCCGCCCUCAGAGUCCGAUGGCGGCAGCCGCACUGAGGGACCCGGCUCAGGGUAUGACCUUUGAGGAUGUGGCAGUCUGUUUCUCCCAGGAAGAGUGGAUGCUCCUUGAUGAGGCUCAGAGGCUCCUGUACUGCUGUGUCAUGCUGGAGAACUUUGCACUUAUAGCAUCCCUGGGUUAUUGCCGUGGAACAGAGAAUGAGGCAGUAACUUCUGAGCAGACUGUUUCUGUAGAUGAAAUGUCAGAGGUCAGGACUUCUGAGGUGGGUCUGUCUACCCAGAAAACUCAACUCAGUGAGAUGUGUGUCCCAGUCUCAAAAGACAUGUACCAGGCUGAGCAGGAAACCGCACACCCUGUGCAGAAAUUGUACCUGGAUGGCACAAGUGUGAGAGGCUUCUGUUUAUGUGCAAACCUUCACCAACACCAAAAGCAUUAUAGUGGAGAAGAGACCUGGAAAAGGGAGAUGGAUAGGGCCAUGUUUGUGACAAGCUCCAGAGUCCAUGUGUUGAUAAAUCCUUUCACGUAUUUGGAGGACUUCCCAGCCACCAUAGGCCCACUCCAGCACCAGGCUACUUCCAACAGUGAGAAGCCACACAAUAGCAGCAGGAAGUGUGUGCAAACAUUUUUCAGUGCCAGAAGUUAUUACCAGUGGGAUGAAUGCACAAAAGCCUCAAGUCACAAACACACACUUGGUCAACAUCAGAGUAUCUGUUCUGAAAGUGAGCUUUACGAAUAUAGUAAAUGUGAGAAGUCUUUCACCUUGAAGAAUACACUUGUUCAGGACCAGCAAAUUCACACUGGUAAAAGGACAUAUGAAUGUAGUGAAUGUGAGAAAUCGUUUAGCAAAAAGUAUGACUUUAUUGUACACAAGCGAAUUCACACUGGAGAAAUGCCUCAUGAAUGCAGUGAAUGUCAGAAAGCCUUUAUCCAUAAAUCUGAACUCAUUCAGCACAGGCGACAUCAUACUGGAGGAAUGCAUUAUGAAUGUGAUGAAUGUAGAAAAUCUUUUAGCUACAAGUCCAACCUCAUUGAACACCGGAGAGUUCACACUGGUGAAAGGCCUUAUGAGUGUGGCAAGUGUGGGAAAUCUUUUAGCUACAAAUCUAACCUAAUUGAGCACCAGAGAGUUCACACUGGUGAAAGGCCUUACAAGUGUGGCCAGUGUGGGAAAUCCUUCAGCUACAAAUGCAACCUCAUUAAACACCAGAGAGUUCACACUGGAGAAAGACCUUAUGAGUGUUGUGAAUGUGGGAAAUCCUUUAGGGAAAUCUUCAAUCUCAUUCGACACAGGAGAGUUCAUACUGGAGAAAUGCCUUAUCAGUGCAGUGAUUGUGACAAAGCCUUUCGGUGCAAAUCUAAACUCAUUCAACACCAGAGAAUUCACAGUGGAGAAAGGCCUUAUGAGUGUAGUGAAUGUGGAAAAUCAUUUCGAGAGUUCUCUAGCCUCAUUCGACACCGGAGAAUUCAUACUGGCACAAGACCCUAUGAGUGUGGUGAAUGUGGCAAAUCUUUUAGACAACGGUCUGGCCUCAUUCAACACCGGAGAGUUCAUACUGGAGAAAAGCCUUAUGAGUGUAGUGAAUGUGGAAAAUCCUUUAGUCAAAGUGCUAGCCUCAUUCAGCACCAGAGAGUUCACACUGGAGAAAAGCCUUAUGAAUGCAGUGAAUGUGGGAAAUCGUUUAGCCAAAGUUCCAGUCUCAUUCAGCACCAGAGAAGUCACACUGGAGAAAGACCCUAUGAGUGCAAUGAGUGUGGAAUACCCUUUACCCACAAAUCUGCCCUCAUUCAGCACCAACGAGUUCACAGUGGAGAAAGACCUUAUGAAUGCAGUGAAUGUAGGAAAUCCUUUAGCCGCAAAUCUAACCUUAUUCGACACCAGAGAGUUCACCCUGAAUAAAGACUGUAAAUGUGCAGGGAAGGAGGUGUUGCUCUGUUAAAUAGGACAGCACUGGAGGAGACUGUGCUGAAGCCAUGUAUCUAAAUUUAAACUUCAUCCAGGAAUAUCUACAAUGGGGGAUUUUUCAUAAGUUUCAAGCAUGGGGUGAUUUUGAGGUGAUUACUUACAUUUUUUUUUUGAUUCUAAAAGCAACAAGAGGAAAUUGCAGUUUCUAAUCUGCUCAGACCAAUAGCUUGAUGUCACUGCCAGUUUUUGAGGCUGAAACCAUUUCCCCUCUUCCAACUUCUAGGUCUAUGUCAUGUGCGAAACCACUUCAUCUCUUCCAACUGCUAGGCCUAUGUCAGUGUACUCAGAGAAGGAAACCUCUGCACUCUCCCAUUUGCUGGAAAAGUUUUGUUUUUUUUUUGUAGAGACAAGAGUCUCACAUACCGCCCUCAGGUACAGUGCCGUGGCAUCACACAGCUCACAGCAACCUCUAACUCUUGGGCUUACGCGAUUCUCCUGCCUCAGCCUCCCGAGCAGCUGGGACUACAGGCGCCUGCCACAACGCCCGGCUAUUUUUUUGUUGCAGUUUGGCCGGGGCUGGGUUUGAACCUGCCACCCUCGGCAUAUGGGGCCGGCGCCCUACUUACUGAGCCACAGGCGCCGCCCUGGGGAAAAGUUUUUUUGAUUUUUGUUUGUUUGUUUGUUUUUGAGACAGAGUCUCACUGUAUUGCCCUUGGUAGAGUGCCGUGGCAUCACAGCUCAGAGCAACCUCAAAGUCUUCGGCUUAAGCGAUUCUCUUGCCUCAGCCUCCCAAGUAGCUGGGACUACAGGCACCUGCCACAACACUGGCUAUUUUUGGGUGCAGGUGACAUUGUUUAGCAGGCCUGGGCCAGGAUCAAACCCACCACCCUUGGUGUCAUCCUUACUAGCUGAGCUAUGGGUGCUGAGCCAAUUUUUUUUUUUUUUUUUUUUUUUUGGAGACAGAGUCUUACUAUGUUGUCCUAGGUAGAGUGCUGUGACAUCACAGCUCACAGCAACGUCAAACUCUUGGGCUUAAGCAGUUCUCUUGCCUCAGCCUCCCAAGUAGCUGGGACUACAGGUGCCUGCCACAAUGCCCAGCUAUUUUUUGUUGUUGCUGUUGCUGUUAUUGUUUUAGGAGGCCCAGGCAGAGUUCGAACCUACCAGUCCUGGUGCAUGUGACUGGCACCGUAACCACUGAGCUGCGGGCACUAAACCUGGGGAAAAUUAUUAUUAGACCAGUCCCUUAGUGGUUCCUUAUUUGCUUUUCUCUGACUUCAGAGCAUGGACCUGACCCAGUUUGGGUCCAUAGAACUUGAUAUAGGUUGUACUGUCAGCUUACUAAGAGGAAUUACCUUUUUUAAGGGCAUUGUCUGUCUCUUGCUUUUGACAAGUUUUUCCAGGUUCUAAGUCACCAUACUGGAAACUGGUGCACAUUUCUAUGGCUUAUGAUUUUACAAAGGUUUUUAAAAGUUAACUCAUCUGUUAUCUUGGGGUUGUGUUCAUUGUAUGGCAUGACUGGUAAGCAGAAUAGUGAUGUGAGCAUUAGGGAGUGAACAGAUUUUGUAUUGAUCCCAAAUUUUCUGUGCUUUAGAAGGGACAACUUGAUGGCAGAAAACAGCUCUGUGUCCAGCAUUGGUCUAAUUUACAUUGCUGUCCAAGGAUAGAGACUACAAGUCUUUGUGUUCCUAUUUUGUGACCUGGUGCCAGGAUUUUUGUUGAGAUCAGAAGUCAUUCUGAAAAGGAGACAGCUGUGACAGCAUCCACUGCUUCUGUGAACAUAAAUUUUGUUCACUUGUUCACAAGAGAUGUCAUAUCAUUCCUAGUAUUGUUGAGGGGUCCUCUUCCCCAGGUCCUGCAAAGGAGCUGUAUGCCAUGAGUAGAGGAGUGUAUGGGCUAGUGUCAUUUAUUGUCCGAGUACAAGUAUCAGGUGCAACUGUAACUGGUACCAAGACUCUGUGCUAAUAGAGAGUGAAGCAGACUCAGUAAACUAGAUGGAACGUGCCUCCUCUAAAAGUUCAUCCACUAAUGUUCCAGGGAGUGUGUCUGUGUGGAAUCUGUGUUGUACAGAAAUUCUCAGAAUCUCUGUAACUGUAUUUCCUGCAUCUGAAAUCAUUGUCAAAUUAAUGUAAAGCUUUUGUGGCCAUGUGUAUCCUCUGGACUGUUCACUUCAAAGCCAUUGCUGUUGAUGUAGGAAAUCAAGAAAAAAAGAGAAGGAUGAUUCUGUAGUCCAGGGAUGGGUUUGUGACUCAGCCAGCAUUCCUGUUGAGUGAAGUGGCAACAGCCUUCAUUACUUACCAUAUUUGCUGCCAGUGUGGUAAGGUUGCCUCUUCCAGGGCAUUAAGAGAGAGAUGGUAGAGUCCACAUGAGGUCACCAACUUCACUUUCCAUAAAAAAGGGGGACGUUUAGGCUCUUUAUUUCUUUCAUUUUACACUAUUUAGUGGCAAUAAAAUAAGAUUCCAUGGAAGUAGAAAAACUGAGAAGUAUGAUAGAUUUGCUUCAGCUGAGAAGGGCUCUCCAGCAUAUGGAGUUCCCAGAGUUGGCGUCAGGUUCCUGCCUCAUCCCUGCUCAUCUGUGGCCAGUGAUACGGAAAGGCCAGGCAGGGAAAGACAAGGAGCCAGCAGGGUACUUCCAUAUGAGAGAACUUUUGGCAGCAUUAGAAACCUCACACUUCCCCUCUCCAAAUCAAGAAACAACAACCCUGCCCACAGGUUUCUCUACAUAGUGAGGAAUCACUGGGCAGGUGGUCCAGAGAAUGUAGCAUUAUCUUACAUCACACAUGCAAGAAGAAACAUGUCCCCAGAGUCAACCACUGUGCAAAGAGUGCUUAUCCAGGAAUCUCUAGAGAUCUCUAAAGCCUAGUCCGGAGAGUCAUCCACAUCCAGCUCCCAGUAAUAAUUUCCAGAGGUGAUGGCCUGGUCUUCUCACAGCAAAAUAGUUAGACCCCCUGUCAAGAGUCAAAGAUGCAUCUUGAUGGUAAAAUUUAAACCCUAAAGCUUCUCACAUUGUUAAAUAGUCAUGAUUACUGAUUACUGAUGUCAUGAUUACUUCAUUAUUGAAAGAAAUCUCCCCUCAGUAGCGGCUGUAACUGUCCAUCAGUCCAAUGAUGGCUCUGACACUGAGCUCUGGAUGUACAGGCUGGAGCAUGUGCAGCUGCACAGACUCACUCAUCAGUGAGUGAGUUCCCAAAUCCUGGAACAGCUGCUUUUCUGGUUUAUGGCACAUGUUCAUCAGUUCUUCAUGUGUUUCUUAUAGUUGUUUCCUCUUUUGAACCAUCAGUUUUUGGCUGGGGCUGAGUUUGAACCCACCACCUCCGGUAUAUGGAGCCGGUGCCCUAUAUACUCCUUUGAGCCACAGGUGCCGCCCAUCCUGGCCCUUCUUUUUCAGUUUGUCCAAAUGUUGUUCUUCCUUAUAGAGAACUGAACAUAGCUCCCCAUAUUCAAUUUUGGUGAUAUUUUUCACUAGAAACACAUAGUCCAUCCAAUGGUUCAUUAUUCUCUCCUCAUUUCGGUUUGUCUUAUUUUCUUUUUUUUUUUGUAGAGACAGAGUUUCACUUUAUUGCCCUCGGUAGAGUGCCGUGGCGUCACACAGCUCACAGCAACCUCCAACUCCUGGGCUUAGGCGAUUCUUUUGCCUCAGCCUCCUAAGUAGCUGGGACUACAGGCGCCCGCCACAAGGCCCGGCUAUUUUUUUGUUGCAGUUUGGCCAGGGCUGGGUUUGAACCCGCCACCCUCGGUAUAUGGGGCCGGCGCCCUGCUCACUGAGUCACAGGCGCCGCCCUGUCUUAUUUUCUUGGAUCUUGUCCCAUACUGAUCUCAUCUCUCUUGCUAGCUUCUCCCAUUGGUCCUCAGCUGCCCCUUCAUUGGCACAGUGUCUGUGAGUCCUGUGUUCCUGGGAGUUAGAGCAUAGCAAACACAGCAGGCUCCCACCCACUUCACAGAACAUCUUUCUUUCCUUGUGGGUCUCACAUAUUUGUUCAUUAGAGCUCAGGAAUUGCUGGAGACUGAUUUUUCUGGCCAGGGAAACCAUCUUCUUCACACGGAUAUCAGUUUUGAAGUCUUUCUGCUGUGAUGGUUCCCUGCAGGCAGGGCAUUGGGCAGGAGUUUGGGCUCCUUCCCAGGAAAGACAGAGGCAGGGCCUACAAAAACUGUGCCUACAGCCUGUGGUUACCAGGUCUACCAGGUAGUCCAGGCAAGAUAAGGCAGUGAGGCUCAGUGCCUAUAACUCAGUGGUUAGGGUGCCAGCCAUAUACACUGGAGCUGACAGGUUCGAAUCCGGCCUGGGCCUGCCAGACAACAAUGACAACUACAACCAAAAAAUGGCCGGGUGUUGUGGCAGGCACCUGUGGUCCCAGCUACUUGGGAGGCAGAGGCAAGAGAAUCGCUUGAGCCCAGAAGUUGGAGGUUGCUGUGAGCUAUGAUGCCAUGGCACUCUACCCAGGGUGACAGCUUGAGGCUCUGUCUCAAAAAAAAAAAAAAAAAGAUAGGUGAGUUAUCUCUGGAAGUCUUGUGGAAUGUCUGAGUCUAGUUUUCUAAGGACUAUAUCUGUGAUCUCAACGAUGCUAUGUAUGAAGUCAGUUUAGGAGCAAGACCUCACAAUGUCAGAAGUCUCUGAGGCCAGAUAAGCUCUAAACUUCACACUGCCUAUUAUGGAGAAGAAUAUAGGCUCUUAAUUUAUUUUAUUUUCUUUCUUUUUUUUGAGACAGAGUCUUACUCUGUUGCUUUGGGUGGAGUGCUGUGAUGUCAUAGCUCAUAGCAACCUAAAAAUCUUGGGCAUGAGCAAUCCUCUUGCCUCAGCCUCCCAAAUAGCUUGAUUACAGGAGUGCUCCACUAGGCCUGGGUAGUUUUUCUGUUAUUAGAAGAGACCAGGUUUCAAACUCUUAACCUGAGGCAAUUCACCUGCCUCAGCCUUCCAUAGUGCUAGGAUUACAGGCUGAGCCCCUGUGCCUGGCCUAGGCUCUUAAUUUUGAACCACUUUUUAAAGCUUUAUGAAAGAUACAAUUUAUAUAAUUGAUAUACAACUCAGUAUACUUAUCCAAAGGGUACAAUUUUCUUUUUCUUGAGUCUCACCUUGGUAGAGUGCUUUGGUGUCAUAGCUCAAAGCAACCUCAAACUCUCCGGCUCAAGUGAUUCUCUUCCCUCAGCAUCCCAAGUAGCUGGGACUAUAGGCGCCCAUCACAAUGCCCAGGUAUUUUUAGAGAUGAGGUCUUGCUCUUGCUAAGGCUAGUCUGGAACUCCACCUGCCUGGCAUCCCAGAGUGCUAGAAUUACAGGCAUGAGCCACUGUGCCCUGCCCAAAAGGGUACAAUUUUAUGAAGCCAUGAAUCCAUAUUCCUAAUCAGGAAACUGAACAAACUUAAUCUGUCAUGCAUAUAUGUAUUUACCUUGGACCUUUUUUUUUUUUUGGAGACAGAGCCUCAAGCUGUCACACUGGGUAGAGUGCUGUGGCAUUAUAGCUCACAACAACCUCCAACUCCAGGCCUCAAGCAAUUCUCCUGCAUCCACCCACAAGUAGCUGGGAUUAUAGGCGCCUGCCACAAUGCCCGGCUAUUGUUUGGUUGCAGCCAUCAUUAUUGUUUGGUGGGCCCGGGCCGGAUUCAAACCUGCCAGCUCAGGUGUAUGUGGCUGGCGCCUUAGCCGCUUGAGCCACAGGUGCCGAGCCACCUUGGACCCUUUUAUAAUCUCUGCCCCUGCCUUCCCUAGUUCUCCAGGCAUCAUUGAUUUCUUUUACAAUGUAAAUUUGUUUGCAUUUUCUAGAGUUUUUUUAAAUUGCAGUUUGGCCAGAGCUGGGUUCGAACCUGUCACCCUCAGCAUAUGGGGCUGGCAGCCUACCGAUUGAGCCACAGGCACUUACCCAUUUUCUAGAGUUUUAUAUAGUUUAUAUAGCCUAUAAACUAUAUAAAACUAUAUUGUAUAUAGUUUUUUUUCUUUGCAGUUUUGGCCGGGGCUGGAAUUGAACCUGCCACCUCCGGCAUAUGGGGCCAGCGCCCUAUUCCUUUGAGCCACAGGUGCUGCCCUGUGUAUACUUUUUUAAAAAACUGGUGUCCUGGGCGGCGCCUGUGGCUCAGUCGGUAAGGCGCCAGCCCCA